AUCUUCUUCUGAGAUGCAUGAUAUGAGGCCAUGGAGGAAUUUGCACACCGCCAUGUCUUCAACAUAUCAGUCAGCUUCUCCAAAACAUGAAGUUGAGGUGGCUGAAAAUCUGAAGCCUUCACCACCAAAUUCCAUUGGAGAUGCAGAUGCCUUUGCUGAAUUGGGUCCAUCAAUAUCAGAAAGUGAUGAUCUCAGCUUUGGAUUGACAAAACAAAUGCAUGAGAGUGUGGAAUCAAAGGAGAGAGCACUUGGAGCUGAGCGGAUUACUGUGAAGAACUGUCACUUACCAGUCCGAGGUGUUCGAUCCCUAAAAAUCCAAGGUGCUCAAUCCCCAGAAAAUGUUGCAGUUAGAAUAACCAACAUUCGCAUUGAGAUAACUGAGCCAGCUAUACACUCAAUAUGCAUGUCAUGCGGGCAUGUGUUGGGUCUUGCAAGGACAGAAGAGGGUGCUGUUGAUGUCAUGUUCAGAGUUAAGGAUAGCUCGACUGCACAAACGAUAGUGAAGCGUCUGAAUGAUGUUUGCCUUGAUCAUUGUCAAUGGUCGGCUCAGUUGCUACCAGAAUUUGGCCAGAAUUUAAGGAGCAAAUUAUCUGAUUCUCAGUGGUCGACUGGGUCACAGAUUAGCAAUUUCAUUGGGGCUUCUCAAAAGCAUCUCCGCAUGAAGCAGAUCUAUUUGGAAGACCUAGAAGAGCUUCACCAUGCUAUAUUACACCUCAGGGAUAAACCUGUUGACAUGAAUUCAUAGAUUUGUCAAAUCUCUAAUGUACUUUCUUCCACAUUCGCUAUCUGCUUACGGUUCUGCUCUCAGAAUGGAGCACCCAUCUAAUUGAAUUUACUUGAAGGAAAACAGGUACCAAUUUUAUACCCUUGAAGUUGAAUCUACUUCGAACUCUUGAUCUU